AUGAAUAGUACAUUAAAUCCCCUGGAGGAAGUAGAGUGCGGGGCGGAGCUGGCGGUCGACGCAGCAGGUGAGGAGGCGGGGGCGGCGGUGGAUGACGCGGCGGAGGUCGGGGGCGGCGACGCGGGCCUCGCGGAGGAGGAAGGUGGUGGCGCGGAUGACGGUGGCGGAGGUGGGAGAGGAGAGGAGGUCGGGGCACAUAGGGAUGAUGCGGCGAGGUCGGGGAUGGUGAGGCCGGGGAUAGAGUGCGGGGCGGAGCUGGCGGUCGACGCAGCAGGUGAGGAGGCGGGGGCGGCGGUGGAUGACGCGGCGGAGGUCGGGGGCGGCGACGCGGGCCUCGCGGAGGAGGAAGGUGGUGGCGCGGAUGACGGUGGCGGAGGUGGGAGAGGAGAGGAGGUCGGGGCACAUAGGGAUGAUGCGGCGGAGGUCGGGGAUGGUGAGGCCGAGGGAGAGGAGGAAGACGACGGUGGAUUGGAUUUGGGAGACGGGGGUGGAGAGGAGGGGAGGGUGGGAGUGGAGGCAGUGGAAGGAGUCGACGCCGAGGGAGUCGAGGUAGAGGAUGAUUUCUUGGAUUUGGGAGGUUUGAGGCGUCGGGGGAGAAAUGGGAUUAGCAGGAGACUUGAUUGGGGGAGGGAGGGAGAUGGUUUUGGUUGA